AUGGGAAACAUCAGCAGCAGCGGAGGCGAGGGUAGACGCCGUAGACGGCGGAGCAAUACGCUUCCGACGGCGGCUCCACCGCCUCCUUCUCUUCCUCCACCACCACCACCUUCGGCGGCGACAGAAAUCCCAGCUAGCCGCAUCGUAUUCGCCGCCGCUACACCGUAUCCAAACCCCAACUCUAAUCAGAAUUACCAGUAUCCUGGUUACUACCCUCCUCCGCCAGGAACCAUGCCCGUUCCUCUUCCGGCGCCGUACGACCACCACCACCAUCAUCAUCCGCACUAUCCUCCUCCUCCGCAUCCUUAUCACCACCCUCAGCCUUGGGCCGCCGGCGGGAGAUACACUCCUUAUUGUGGUGCCAUGAUGCCUGCGCCGGCUCCCAUCAUCGAACAUCAGAAAGCCGUCACGAUUCGUAACGACGUUAACCUCAAGAAGGAGACUUUGAAGCUUGAAUCCGACCCGGAUUGUCCGGGUCGGUUUCUCGUCUCCUUCACGUUUGAUGCAACCGUCUCCGGAAGGUAG